UUUGAUAUUUUAUGUGGAUUUUUGGAAAUUGUCCACUCGUGUGAAUAAGGACGAUACAGAGAAAGCUGAAACCUGGACUUGUGGAUACUUUUGUUCUCUUCUGUGGAAUACAAUUCAUCAGAUAUCAUUGCUAGAGUGCGUGUGAGUUUAUACUGUGCACGUGAAGAUGUACAAGCGUCGGGAGUAUGUGGAACUCUACGAGAAGGAUCUGGCCAAAUGGGCACUGCUACGCAACGUCAACACUGUGAUGAAAAACAGCACACUGCUGCCGGGCGACUAUGUCUGGUUGGACCUGAAGACCGGUCGGGAGUUUGAGGUGCCGGUUGGCGCAGUGGUCAAACUCUGUGACUCAGGACAGAUCCAGGUGGUGGACGAUGAAGGAAAUGAGCACUGGAUAUCCCCCCAGAAUGCCAACAAUAUUAAGCCAAUGCAUCCCACCUCCAUCCACGGUGUGGAGGACAUGAUCCGCCUGGGAGACCUCAACGAAGCUGGCAUCCUCCGCAACCUGCUCAUCAGAUACAGAGAGAAACUCAUAUAUACAUACACUGGUUCCAUCCUGGUGGCCGUCAACCCUUACCAGCUGCUGCCCAUCUACACAGCCGACCAGAUCCGCCUGUACACCAACAAGAAGAUUGGAGAAAUGCCACCCCACAUCUUUGCCAUUGCUGACAACUGUUACUUCAACAUGCAGAGGAACAACCGUGACCAGUGCUGUAUCAUCAGUGGUGAGUCGGGAGCAGGGAAGACCGAAAGCACCAAACUGAUCCUUCAGUUCCUGGCAGCCAUCAGCGGUCAACACUCCUGGAUAGAACAGCAGGUCCUGGAGGCCAACCCUAUACUAGAAGCCUUUGGCAACGCUAAAACAAUCCGCAAUGACAACUCGUCUCGUUUUGGGAAAUACAUCGACAUCCAUUUCAACAAGAGAGGAGCCAUAGAGGGAGCCAAGAUAGAGCAAUACCUGCUGGAGAAAUCCAGAGUCUGUCGACAGGCCCAUGAUGAGAGGAACUACCACAUCUUCUACUGCAUGCUGAAGGGCAUGACAGUAGAUGAGAAGAAGAAACUGGGGCUGAGCAAGGCCACCGACUACACCUACCUGACCAUCGGGAAGUGUACAGUGUGUGACGGCCGAGACGACAUGAAGGAGUACUCCAACAUCCGCUCUGCGAUGAAGGUUCUAAUGUUCACAGACAAAGAGAACUGGGAGAUUUCUAAGCUGCUGGCUGCUAUAUUACACAUGGGAAACCUCAGAUAUGAAGCUCGUACCUACGACAACCUGGAUGCCUGCGAAGUUGUCCGCAGCCCAAAUCUCACUACUGCUGCUACGCUGCUGGAGGUGGAUGGGAAGGACCUGAUGAACUGUCUGACCAGCCGAACUCUGAUCACCAGAGGAGAGACCGUCUCCACCCCACUCAGCAAGGAACAAGCUCUGGAUGUACGGGACGCCUUCGUUAAGGGAAUUUUCAGAAUUUACGGCCGUUUGUUUGUGUGGAUCGUGGAGAAGAUCAAUGCGGCCAUUUACAAGCCUGCGUCCUCACAGCCCAAAGUUCUCAGACGCUCCAUCGGACUGCUGGACAUCUUCGGCUUCGAGAACUUCACUGUCAACAGCUUCGAGCAGCUGUGCAUCAACUUCGCCAACGAGAACCUGCAGCAGUUCUUCGUCCGUCACGUCUUCAAGCUGGAGCAGGAGGAGUACAACCUGGAGAACAUCAACUGGCAGCACAUCGAGUUCACCGACAACCAGGACGCCCUGGACAUGAUCGCCAUCAAACCCAUGAACAUCAUCUCGCUCAUCGACGAGGAGAGCAAGUUCCCCAAGGGCACAGACACCACCAUGCUGAACAAGCUGAACUUUCAGCACAAACUCCACACAAACUACAUCCCUCCGAAGAACACACACGAGACGCAGUUCGGCAUCCAGCACUUUGCUGGUGUCGUUUACUACGAGACGAGAGGCUUCCUGGAGAAGAACAGAGACACUUUAUACGGGGACAUCAUUCAGCUGGUCCACUCCUCUAAAAACAAAUUCAUCAAACAGAUCUUCCAGGCUGAUGUCGCUAUGGGGGCAGAGACCAGGAAGCGUUCGCCCACUCUCAGCAGUCAGUUUAAGAGAUCUCUGGAGUUGCUGAUGAGAACUCUGAGCGUCUGUCAGCCGUUCUUCGUUCGCUGCAUCAAACCCAACGAAUACAAGAAACCCAUGCUGUUUGACCGGGAGCUGUGUGUGCGUCAGCUGAGGUAUUCCGGUAUGAUGGAGACCAUUCGUAUCCGCCGCGCUGGAUAUCCCAUCCGCUACACCUUCGUGGAGUUUGUCGACCGCUACCGAGUGCUCAUGCCUGGAGUCAAACCGGCGUACAAACAGGAGGACCUGAGGGGAACCUGUCAGAGGAUCGCUGAGGCCGUGCUGGGCAGAGACGACGACUGGCAGAUGGGAAAGACCAAGAUCUUCCUCAAGGAUCACCAUGACAUGUUGCUGGAGAUUGAGAGAGACAAGGCCAUCACAGACAAGGUCAUCCUCAUCCAGAAGGUGGUUCGAGGAUUCAAGGACAGAUCUAACUUCCUGAAGAUGAGGAAGUCGGCUGUGUUUAUCCAGAAGACGUGGAGAGGAUAUCAAUGCAGGAAGAACUAUGGAGCUAUGCGAGCAGGCUUCUCUCGCCUCCAGGCUCUGGUUCGUUCCAGGAAGUUGUGUGCGUCUUAUCACGUGGCCCGUCAGCGAAUCACUGGCUUCCAGGGUCGCUGUCGGGGCUUCUUGGUACGCCGGGCGUUCAGACACCGGCUGUGGGCCGUCAUCACCAUCCAGGCCUACACCAGAGGCAUGAUCGCCCGCCGGCUGUACAAGAGGCUGAAGGGAGAGUACAACCGGCGGCUGGAGGCGGAGAAGAUGCGGCUGGCAGAAGAGACCAAACUGAGGAAUCAGAUGUCUGCGAAGAAAGCGAAAGCCGAGGCUGAGCGCAAACACCAGGAGCGUCUGGCCCAGCUGGCCAAAGAGGAUGCCGAGCGGGAGAAGAAGGAGAAGGAGGAGGCUCGGAGGAAGAAGGAGAUGGUGGAGCAGAUGGAGAAGGCCCGUUUGGAGCCCGUCAACGACUCCGACAUGGUGGACAAGAUGUUUGGCUUCCUGGGGACGACGGCCUCUUUCCCGGGCCAGGAAGGACAAGCCCCCGCCGGCUUUGAGGACCUGGAGCGGACCCAUCAGGAGCUGAUGGAGGAGGAUCUGGACGAGGCUCUUCCUCUGCCUGAGGACGAUGAAGAGGAGGAUUUAUCAGAGUAUAAGUUCGCUAAGUUUGCCGCCACCUAUUUCCAGGGCACCACAACGCACACAUACGUCCGACGGCCUCUCAAACAGCCUCUGCUGUUCCACGACGACGAGGGAGACCAGCUGGCUGCCCUGGCGGUGUGGAUCACAGUGCUGAGGUUCAUGGGAGAUCUGCCGGAGCCCAAGUACCACACGGCCAUCAGCGACGGAAGCGAGAAGAUCCCUGUCAUGACCAAAAUCUAUGAGACACUGGGAAAGAAGACCUACAAGAGAGAGCUGCAGGCACUGCAGGGGGAGGGGGAGACGCCGCACUCUGACAGCCACAAGAAGAACAGUGUCCGACACAAACUGGUGUCCCUCACCCUGAAGAAGAAGUCCAAGAUCACUGAGGAGGUCACCAAGCGCCUUAACGAUGGUGAGUACAGUCUCCACGGCAACAGCAUGCUGGAGGACCGGCCAACAUCCAACCUGGAGAAACUUCACUUCAUUAUUGGCAACGGGAUCCUGAGGCCAGCACUGAGGGAUGAGAUCUACUGUCAGAUCUGUAAGCAGCUGAGUCAGAACCCGUCUAAGAGUUCUCACGCUCGGGGCUGGAUCCUCAUCUCUCUGUGUGUCGGCUGUUUCGCUCCAUCAGACAAGUUUGUGAAGUACCUGAGGAACUUCAUCAUCAGCGGGCCGCCGGGUUACGCUCCGUACUGUGAAGAGAGACUGAGACGAACAUUUGUCAACGGGACCAGAACACAACCCCCGUCCUGGCUGGAGCUGCAGGCCACCAAGUCGAAGAAGCCCAUCAUGCUACCGGUGACGUUUAUGGACGGCACGACCAAAACACUGCUGACGGACUCGGCAACCACAGCCAAGGAGCUCUGCAGCGCCUUGUCCGACAAAAUCAACCUGCGGGACCGCUUCGGGUUCUCACUGUACAUCGCACUGUUUGAUAAGGUCUCCUCUUUAGGCAGUGGGAACGACCAUGUGAUGGAUGCCGUGUCGCAGUGUGAGCAGUACGCGAAGGAGCAGGGAGCCCAGGAGAGGAACGCCCCCUGGAGGUUGUUCUUCAGGAAGGAGAUCUUCACGCCCUGGCACUGCCCCGCUGACGACCAGGUUGCUACCAACCUCAUCUACCAACAAACCGUCAGGGGAGUCAAGUUCGGAGAAUACCGCUGUGACAGGGAUGACCUGGCAGAACUGGCCUCUCAGCAGUAUUAUGUUGACUACGGUUCAGAGAUCCUUCUGGAGCGCCUGCUGAGCCUCAUCCCCUCCUACAUCCCCGACAGGGAGAUCAGCAGCUCCCGGUCGGUGGAGAAAUGGACUCAUUUCAUCAUGGCUGCACACAAAAAGGGUAUCUACAGCCAGAAGAGGUUUGACCCUCAGAAGGUGAAAGAGGAAGUGGUGGACUUUGCUCGCCACAAGUGGCCUCUGCUCUUCUCUCGUUUCUACGAAGCCUUCAAGUUCUCAGGUCCCAGUCUACCUAAAAACGACCUGAUCGUCGCCGUCAACUGGACUGGAGUUUAUUUUGUGGACGAACAGGAGCAGGUCCUCUUAGAGCUCUCCUUCCCAGAAAUCACUGCAGUUUCCAGCAGCCGGGGAGGGAAGUUGCAGAGUCAGAGUUUCACUUUGGCGACCAUCAAAGGAGAAGAGUACACCUUUACCUCCAACAACGCAGAGGACAUCCGCGACCUGGUGGUGACCUUCCUGGAAGGCCUGAGGAAGAGGUCGAAGUUUGUGGUGGCGCUGCAGGACAACCCCAACCCCACCGGGGAGGAGUCAACGUUCCUGAGCUUCCUGAAGGGAGACCUGAUCCUGCUGGACCAGGACACCGGCGAGCAGGUCCUGAACUCUGGUUGGGCACACGGCAUCAACGAACGAACCAAUCAGAGAGGAGAUUUCCCGGCUGACUGUGUCUACGUCCUGCCCACCAUGACCCGACCUCCGCAAGAAAUAGUAGCGCUGGUAACCAUGACACCGGAUCAGCGUCAGGAGUCGGUUCGUGUUUCGCAGCUCGUCAUGCCAGAGAGUGACGACAAGAUGAAACCCUACACACUGGAGGAGUUCUCCUACGACUACUUCAGGCCUCCCCCCAAACACACCCUGAGCAGAGUGAUGGUCACCAAGAAUCGUGGGAAGGACAAGAUGUGGAGCUGCACCAGAGAGCCGCUCAAGCUGCCGCUGCUGAAGAAGGUCGUCAGCCAUGAGGAACUGGCUCAGGACGCUUGCAUGUCUUUCAUAGCUAUGAUGAAGUACAUGGGCGACUACCCAUCCAAAAGGACGCGCUCAGUCAAUGAGCUGACAGACCAGAUCUUUGAAGGAGCGCUGAAGGCCGAACCUCUGAAAGAUGAGAUCUACUGUCAGAUCAUCAAACAGCUCACUGACAACCACGUCAAGUACAGUGAGGAGAAAGGCUGGGAGCUGCUGUGGUUGUGUACUGGUCUGUUUCCUCCCAGUAACGUACUGUUGCCACACAUCCAGCGCUUCCUCCAGUCCAAGAAACACCACCCGCUCUCGGUAGACUGCAUGCAGAGGCUGCACAAAGCUCUACGUAAUGGAUCCAGGAAGUAUCCUCCUCAUUUGGUGGAAGUGGAGGCCAUCCAACAUAAGACAACGCAGAUCUUCCACAAGGUCUACUUCCCUGACGACACAGACGAGGCGUUCGAGGUGGAGUCCAGCACCAAAGCGAAGGAAUUCUGCCAGAACAUCUCAACCAGACUGCUGCUCAAAUCUCCUGAAGGCUUCAGCCUCUUCGUCAAGAUCUCAGACAAGGUGAUCAGUGUGCCAGAGGGAGACUUCUUCUUUGACUUUGUCAGACAUUUGACGGACUGGAUCAAGAAAUCUCGACCAGCUAAAGACGGAAUCGUUCCCUCUCUGACCUAUCAGGUGUUCUUCAUGAAGAAGCUGUGGACCAACACGGUUCCAGGGAAGGAUUCCUUCGCCGACUCCAUCUUUCACUACUACCAGGAGCUGCCUAAGUACCUGCGUGGCUACCAUAAGUGUUCACGAGAAGAGGUUUUCCAGCUUGCAGCGCUCAUCUACCGCGUCAAGUUUGAGGAUGACAAAUCCCACUUUACUACAAUUCCCAAGAUGCUUCGGGAGCUGGUUCCUCAGGAUCUCAUUCGUCAGAUGUCACCAGAUGACUGGAAAAGGUCUGUGGUUGCGUACUUCAACAAGCAGGCUGGUAAAUCAAGGGAAGAGGCCAAACUGAUAUUUCUGAAGAUCAUCUACAAAUGGCCAACCUUUGGCUCCGCGUUCUUUGAGGUCAAGCAAACCACAGAGCCCAACUUCCCAGAAAUCCUGCUGAUCGCCAUCAACAAGCAUGGAGUCAGCUUGAUCGAUCCAAAGACGAAGGACAUCCUGACCACCCACCCCUUCACCAAGAUCUCCAACUGGAGCAGUGGGAACACCUACUUCCACAUCACCAUCGGCAACCUGGUUAGAGGAAGCAAACUGCUGUGUGAGACUUCGCUGGGCUACAAGAUGGACGACCUGCUGACCUCUUACAUCAGUCAGAUGCUGACCACCAUGAACAAGCAGCGCUCCGGGCGGGGCAACAGCAAGUGAACUUCUUACUGGCAGGAGGCCACUGAGCUCAUCCGGCUCUUGCGCCCUAUUGGCCAGCCCUGCAGCUGGGGGCGGACCUUUGCCUACCAGCUGUGGAGGAUGAGCCGCAGUCCUUCUGCUAGCUCAGAAGGGUCGAAGCUCACUGGGGAGAGUUCGGCUGCCAGCAGCGACGACCCCGGCGAGGGCCCCAGCAACUAUUACCACUACAGCUACAACUUGGAUGAGGACGAGCCGUCCAGUGAGGAUGACUACCUCUGAAACCUCCAAACUCUCCGUCCAACAGGUCGGUCCUCCUGGUUUGGCUCAGGAUUCAAUAGUCAGACUGCUUGUACGGAAAUACAGCAUUCAGUCAGUGCUGCUGUUAUUGUUAAAGAUCCAGGACGCCUUUGUAAAUGUUGCAGUGACUCCAAGUGGCAGCAGAUGUUCACUUCCUUAAUGUUUGACGAGGACCUUAUUCCCUAAAAACAGUCAAAUGUUCUUGUGACUUGAACAAAAGCAUCUAUAAACUGCAAGUAUUGUCUUUAAUGGGCAAGUUAAUUGGUCAGUCAAUCAAUCAAUCAAUCCAUCAAUUUUAUGUCGCUUAUCCACCUUGAUUGAAUAAUUUUAGUAAUUAUUGGGAAGUACAGACAAAAAUUUAAUAUAAAUGUCAAUAAAUACAUGCGCUUAAAGUGAAAACAGACAACUUUUCAACUUUCAGCUUUGUGAAUAAAUGAUAAAUACCACUUUGGAAAUAAGAGACAGCAUGUUUACUGACUACUUUAUCCAACUACUUUAUCUAUUUCCUCUUAAAUAGAUAAAUGUGGGCCUUUUUGUUCCUACCGGUUUCCCACCUAUCUUUGACCGGUAUGAUUGUUAAAUUUUAUUAAAAAGGUCUUUAAAAGUCUCACAUUAAAUCUGUUGAACACUGCAGAAACCCUGGUCAACCUCCAGUUAGCCCUAGCUAGUUAUUAAGAGCAGUCUUUACAUCACAUGACCUUCCCUGUGUCUCAUUCUAACACAUUUAUUGACUCACCAGUGAUAUCAAAGUUUUCAUCCAUCCAACAAUUUAGGGUUUUUGUGUGUGUCACAGGAACUUUAGUGAAAAUAUAGACAUUUAGUCCUGUUCCUUGCUUGUCUAAAGCAUCCUGAGAGUAUUGGCUGUAAGUUUAUCGUAGAAAACCAGUAACAGUGCAUCUUUUCAUCACUUUGAAUAAUAUUCAGAAAGAUUCCUUCUUGUUUGGGUCUAGAAAGACAUUUAUCUGUUUCUCUGGCCUUGUAACCUAACAGUGUAACUGACGUGGUGUUUAGGAACCUGAGCUCAUUUAUUUAAAACUCUAUUAUCGUUAUGUGUGACAGAGUAGAGACAGACCUGUAUGUGUUUUGGGUCACAGCCCAGAUGUUUGUUAUUUAUGGCCUAUACUGUGUGUAAAGGUUUAAUAAGGAGGUUUUGUUUUUUAAUAAUUAAUGAUUUACAUUUACACCUCUAAUGUUUAAUGUUGUAGAUUAUUUCCAGCUGUGUGUGUUUAAUUUUACAUUUCAUGCCUUUUUAUUAUUUCUCUGUUUUUAUUGAGACUGCAUUACCCAGCAUUCCUGUGGAGUGCAGCUGCUGUUCUUAUGGGGAUUUUGUUACAUUCCUGUAGUCCACUUUCUACCUUUUUCUGGGGCUUUUAGUUGCAUCUCAGUCUUUAUUAUAGGAAGGAGUUAGCACAUUUAUCAUGUGAUAAUAAAAGUGGUUGAAGAUAAGUCAUUCACAUACAUCAGCUUGAUUUACUCAUUUCAAAACGUAAAUCUGUUAGCUGCAAAGCACACUGAUCGUAAACACAGGUUUUACCAACGAUACUAAUUCGGGUUCCAUUCCAUUCAGGUUAAACAGUCAGCGUGCUGAUGUUUUGCAGGCUCUGCUACACUAAAUGGAACAGAGCCUUAAUUAGUGUCAUUGAUAACGCCUGUUUAUCCUACUAUUUAAUUGCAAAAUGGCUGCUGUGAAAAAGGUCAGUACUCUAUACAUUGAUGAAAGUCAGAGAUGCAGUUGAAAAGCUCAAGAAAAAGCUAGUAAGUGGUCCUCUGGACUAUUGUGUUAAACUACUAUCACGCUCAAGUCGUGUAGUUUUUUGCUGUUACAAAUGUUACUGUCCUAAUACAUGCUGGAAACUGCAUUUAUAACUCUGAGGUCUUGAUUUUCCAUCUUUGUGUUAAAAGGGAAAUUAACACAUUACACUUUUCUCACAGUUUCUUAAAAUUGUCUUGCAUACAACUGUUGUAUCUAAAUGACUUCACAGAUCUCCCAAGACUGGCAUUCUAGUGCAUUAAAAUGACUCAAAAUACACAGUGAUUUAAUCAAAAUGGCUGCUGUGAAAAAGGUCUGUUUGAGUCAGUGAUGCAUUAUGUAGUUAUUUUACAUUUUGGACCUUUCAGUCAGCACUGAAGAAUCCCACUUUAAUGUGUAAUAAAUGUACUAAAAGUUACUCUUAACUCAUAUAUACUAUAUAAAGGCUCCAAGUUCUGUGUAACAAUGUUUUUACUCAAGUCUUCAAAUCAUUCCUGACAGCUUUUACACUUACGGGCCCUCGUCUAUAAUUUUGUUUGAAGUUUCUGAGUUUACACAGAGUAACAAAUCUUUAGUUAAAGAAAAAAGUACUCACCGGGACAAGUAAGUUGUUUUCCCCAGAACACAUCAUACUGUAAAACCAGACAUAUUAAAACAUUUGGAUUAUUUGAAAUGCCCUCACCCAACCCAGUGGCCUUACCUCCACUAAAACAGAGCACUCAUCUUAUUUCUGUUUAAAUUCUCUCAUUUUUUUGUCACUUUGUAUGUCUUCUUUUUGAUGUGAACCCUUCAUCCAUUAACCUGCACUGGUUUUGUCUUGUUUGUAUGAUGAACAGAUACACUGGUAUUUUAACAGUGCCAAUCAUUCCAUUUGAUAUGCUACUUUCUUUUCCUGUUGUGUUGCUUUUUAGGUGGUGUUUACUAGUUUCUGUUUUGUCUGUGUAACAUCUUUACUUGCUGUACUGAUUUCAUGGUCCAUGUAAUGUGUGCUCUCUCUUUUGUAUAAAACAUUAAAUACAUGUUUUGACUUGA